UCAAUCUUUCUUCUUCGCCGGCCACGGUGACGCUCGUGAAGUAAAACGCAAAAACGUCCUUUUUUUUUUUUUUUUUUUUCUCAAUUUUUUAUUUCUCCGUAAUCAUCUUUUAUCUCCAGCCACUUUGACCAUCUUCCUCAGUGUACUUGGUUUUGAAAACAAAUCAGAUUUUGUUUUUCUCCGUUGGAAAAAACAGAAAAACCCUAACAUUCUAGUUGUCAGGUUGGUUUCUAGUCGUCUACUUUCCAAAUUUGAAGUUUAUAUACGUUUUUUUUAUUUUUUUAUGUUUCCCUUCUUGUUAGGAAAUUAAAAAGAGUGACAAUUAAUAAACGAGAAUCUGUUUAAAAUCAUUGGGGGAACUGAACUACGUCGUAUAGCUAGUUUUUCUUUUCUGUCUUGGUCGUGUUGCUUACAAACAAUGGCAACUACUUUUGCUAAUUCUUUCCUUGCUGGCUUAGAUGAUCUAUCUGAUAAUGAUGCUGCCGAUCUUAUUGAUGAAGAAGAUUCUGAGGCUCCAAACUUGGAAGAAGCUGUUGAUGGGGACUUGGCAGACAGAGAUCAAAAUCUAAUAAAUUUUGAUGAUUUAGAUAGCGUUUCGAAAUUGCAAAAGACUCAGAGAUAUGCUGAAAUAAUGCAGAAAGUGGAAGAUGCACUACUUAAGAAAGAUUCCGAAGAUGUUUCAAAUCAGCGUUUAGUCCUGGAAGAUGAUGAUCCUGAAUACCAGCUGAUUGUGGAAUGCAACUUCUUGUCAGUUGCUAUUGAAGAAGAAAUUUUUAUCAUCCACAAUUUUAUUCGUGACAAGUACCGGUUGAAAUUUCCCGAGCUUGAAUCACUCGUGCUUCAUCCAAUCAAUUAUGUUCGAGUUGUUAAGAAGAUCGGAAACGAGAUGGAUGUAACCCUUGUCGAUUUAAAGGGUCUUCUAUCUCCAGCAAUUAUUAUGGUAGUGUCAAUUACAGCAUCAACUACUAGUGGCAAGCCACUUCCUGAUGAAAUUCUUCGCAAAACGAUCGAUGCUUGUGAUAGAGCCCUUUCUCUUGAUUCAGCAAAGAAGAAGCUUCUUGAUUUUGUAGGAAGAAGAAUGGGAUAUAUUGCACCGAAUCUUUCUGCAAUUGUUGGAAGCACUGUUGCUGCAAAACUUAUCACCGCUGCUGGUGGUCUUGCAGCAUUGGCUAAGAUGCCUGCUUGUGAUGUUCAGCUUCUUGGUGACAAGAAAAAAAACCCUGCUGGGUUCUCUACCGCAACAACACAAUCCCAUGCAGGUUACAUUGCGCAGACAGAUAUAUUUCAAAAUACACCAACUCCUCUGAGGAAGCGCGCUUGCAGACCCUUGGCUGCAAAGUCAACACUUGCAGCACGAGUAGAUUCUUUAAGAGGAGAUCCAUCUGGGGACACUGGAAGGGCUUUACGGGAAGAGAUCCAAAAGAAAAUUCACAACUGGCAAGAGCCUCAUCCUGCUAAGCUACCUAAACAAAUUCCAGUUCCUGACUCUCAAAAGCCUAAAAAGAAGAAGAGAGGUGGUCGUCGGCUUAGGAAACGGAAGGAAAUAUAUGCGAUGACAGAGGUGCGGACGCUGGCUAAUAGGAUGCUAUUUGGGAAGCCUGAAGAGACUUCUUUAGGGGACGGACUUGGGGUCGGUUAUGGAAUGCUUCGUCAAGCUCGGUGGAGCAGCAAGUUGCAUGUAUCAACGGUUCUUAGGAACAAACUUGUUGCAAGAGUUAAUAAAAAGUUCAAGGAAAAGCUUUAUGGGAGCAGUGAUGCUACAUCUGGAUUGAUUUCAAGUUUAGCAUUUACACCUGUGCAGGAGAUUGAACUCAAGAAACCACAGGCUCAUACACUACACCAGCUUGACAGUGGAACACAGAGCAAAUAUUUCUCUGAUACGGCCACUUUUUCAAAGAUCAAGAGGACCUGAGCCAUACAGAAAAAUGCACAUAUAGGAUGUAUUAUAAAUAUUUUGUUAAUACAAAAUUGACAUCAAAGUCUAACAUGUAUUAUCUUUCGAAGCCAUAGGUGUUUUGAGGAGAAUAUAAAUCUUUUAGUCUCUUAUAGUACAACGACUUUUUAAAUAUUUUGCCCAAAAU